CGCCGGUUAUACGGAGGCGUUUAUUCAAACUCUUGCGCAGACCCGUUCGAAUAGCGUUCAUGCGCGGAGCCUCCUCUUGAACGCGCUUCAUCGUUUUUGUUUUGUGAUCGACGUGAUAUUACCUCAAGUAACUCCGCACCAACGAGAAGGAAUUGAUAAAAAGCAGGUUUCGGGCUUUCGCAUCACGAUCUUACAACCUAAAUCGCGGCUUUUAGUGCAAAUUGACGUCAAUAGAGAGGGAUCGGUCAUCACCGAUGUACCUCAAAACAACGAAGUGAUCGCCGCCUGUGCCAAACUGAUUAAGAGCCGUUGGAGAUUGAUCUGAUCAUCAUCGGUGGCAUAGUGAAGCUUAACGGUUUGCAAGUUAUCCGCUUGCCAGUGUAAUAGAAAGUUCGAAACGAAAAUGUCAGUCUAUUUAGAAGUGAGCACAAAUUGUGACGACGAAAUGUACGACAGUGGAAACGGAAUGAUAAAUUCAUCCAGCCAGCAGAAUCUACUGACUCUCCAGAGCAUAGCUAGUCUCUCUCAUCCGAACUGUUUAUUCAAUCAUAGCCCGCAGAACAACGAACCACAUGGAAAGACUGAAAAGCGAAAACUUCUGUGGGCAAUAGUUUUCACAUUACUUUUUAUGUUAGCUGAAUUUGUAGGGGGUUAUCUGUCCGGCAGUUUAGCCAUCAUGACUGAUGCCGCACAUUUAAUGUCCGACUGCAUCAGUUUCCUGAUAGCGGUCAUCUCGAUAUGGAUCUCGAAUAAACCUCCCGACGGAAAAAUGUCUUUUGGAUAUAGACGAAUAGAGGUCGUCGGAGCACUAUUGUCUAUCUUUGGCAUCUGGACACUAACUGUGUUUCUGGUGGUUCUUUCCGUCCAGCGAUUGCUUGUCGAUGACUUCGAAAUCGAUGCCGACACCAUGAUCAUCGUUUCUGUUCUGGGUGUCGUGAUGAAUAUCGCCACCGCUUCCAUUCUGCAUGGCUCAUGUAGCGUAGUACCUCACACUCACCACGGUCAUUCCCACGGGCACUCGCAGAAUCAUGUGCACUCCAGUGCCCACACGGUACCUAUUAUACAGGUUCGAGACUCGAGUCCUAGAUCACGGUCUCGAUCGCGUUCACCACGAAAAAAGAAACCUCACCAAAGGCUGGAGAAACUGAAAAUCUACGAUGAGAAAAAAUGUGACAAUAUGGAACAGCUAAUAAUUCCGAACAUGCCACCAAGCCCGAGUGUCAGUCCUUUCAGCUCGGUACCUAAUACCAGGCAUAAUUCAUUUACAGUUAAUUCACCCACGCCGAGACCAAAUUUGGAGAGUAUGUUGCAUUUGGCUAAAACGAAACUGAAAACGGAAGCGUUGCGCCAACGGAUGAGUAUCGAUGCAACUGCUCACUCUCCGGAUAUCAUCAGUUCCAACAAAUUUGUAUACAAUAAAAUGAACGCCGAUAAUAGCUCCUCAUUGAGCCCUACCAUAAGAACCAGUGUAGCUAGUUACAAUUCAUCUUCCAACGAGGAUGUGUGUUCCGAGCACCAUCAUAAUCACCACAACCACCAUCACCACCAUCAUGACCAUGGGGACGAAAACCUCAAUGUUCGAGCCGCGAUUAUUCACGUCAUUGGAGACUUCAUCCAAAGCAUCGGGGUACUUAUCGCUGCCAUCAUUAUUAAAUUUGCCCCAACUAUGAAAGUGGUUGACCCUAUUUGUACCUUCAUGUUCUCGUUGAUCGUGCUAUGUACGACGGUGCGAAUCUUCCAAGAUUCGAUGAGGAUAUUGCUGGAUGCGGUGCCAUCCAGCGUAGCGGUAGAUAAACUCAACACCGAGCUCGGAUGCAUUUCCGGGGUGAAGGCAGUCCAUGAACUGAACGUGUGGAGCAUUUCCACUGGACUGAACGUGAUGACGGUUCAUCUUAUGGUUGAUCCAAUAGCCAAUACGGGUGAAAUCCUAGUCGCUGCCAACACAAUUGCUCAGAGAGGUUUUAAUAUAAGUAAAUGUACAGUACAAAUAGAGAGAAUGAAAUUUUGUACUUAGUCAGUAUGAUCGCAAUGAUAGAUUAAUUAGAAAAAAAAAUUUAAUCCACCUAGUGUUGUAAUGAUGUCUUUGUCACCAACGAAUAUAUGAGAACUCGAUGAAA